AUGCCUGGCUGCAACCCGUUUAGUGGCCUAAAAGGCAAAUUUUCCAAGAAGAAUUCUGGCCAGGAUGCACCAAAGCAACAUACCCAGUCUAAGCCAGAAACCGUCAGCGAAUCUCCUGUGAAAGGCUCGCCAGGACAAUCGACCGAUGCGACUCUUGUUAAAGAGUCAGCGACGAGCCCGGAACAUGCUGAGAAGGGAUCCUCCGCGCAGCAAGUCGCUCCGGACAAGGACCGAUGGAAGGAGGCUUUCGAUAGAAUGGAUCCGGACAAACAAGCUAUUCUGAAGAAAAUGGGAUUUGAUAAUGUGAACUCUGGAUCCAUGGAGUCCAGCAUCAAAAGUCUUGCCAAUGAGGCGAAAAAGAAACAAGACGAGUGCGAGGAGAAAUUCUGGCAUGUCAAUGUGGGUGGUGAGAAGAUUGUUCUCCGAGAAUAUACCACGAGCAUUGUUGGCUGGUUGACGAAGGCCGGUGACAUUGCUGUGCAAUUUGCGCCACCCCAGGCGAGUCUACCAUGGGAUCUCGUCAAAUCUUUGAUGCAGAUUCCGGUGAAUGAGAGCGAUCAAAUGGGAGCCUUGCUCGCCACAGCAGAGAAAGUGAUUCGCAUUACUAGCCGUGGGCAAGUCUAUGAAACGAUUCACCUACCCAAGGAUCCAAAUGCCAACUUGUCGCUUGUACAAUCAAGCCUGGACGGAGCUCUGGUGAACAUGUAUGCAAGUGCUCUUGACCUUUUGGCUGAGUCACAGAAGCUUCUUGCUGCGAACACAGGCAGGCGCAUACUUGAAGCGAUUGUGAACCCAGGCAAGGCAACGGGCAACCUUGCGGCUCUUAUCGAGCAAGAAGACGAAAUUAUCAAAGACGUCAAUGCAUGCGAGAGCCAGCGCAGCUCGGACUCUGAUAAGCUCACGCAUGACAUGCUGCAUGCUUUGGACGCACCCAUCGCUCGGGUAGAUGAGGGCGUCAGCAGUCUUCUCAAGCAUGUGGAUGAAAACGAGCGCAUUGAGCUGUUAGAGUGGAUUUCGGCCAUUGAGUUCGGCAGUCACCACAAAACUAUACAAGAGGCCAGAACCCCUGGCACGGGUGCAUGGCUACUCAAACACAAGGACUUCCGUGAUUGGGAAGCGAAGAGAUCGUCGAGUUUGUUCUGGCUGCAAGGGAACCCGGGUACUGGCAAGACAUAUCUCACAUCUACUGUGGUCGACUGGGUCCGUGACCAGCCAAGCAAGGGGAAUGACGAAGGCUUUGCCUUCUUUUAUUGUGGCAAGGACGAAAAGCACACGCAGCCCCUUACCAUUCUCCAAAGCUUCGUGCGUCAGCUUUCAACAACUAGAAACAAUCCUGCGUCUAUGCAGGCCAAACUCCAGCAAGCUUGCAAGGAAGCCCGAGAGGAAGGCUCGAACUUUCGUUUUAGACAGUGCAAAGACCAGAUCCUGGCCUCUCUAGAUAUAUAUCAGAGAACCACGCUGAUUAUUGAUGCUCUGGACGAGUGUGAUCCAGACACGCGAUAUGAUCUCAUUGAAACAUUGCAAUUGUUCAUGGCGGAGUCUAAGCGAGUUGUGAGAAUAUUCAUCUCAAGCCGACCUGAUCCGAGCAUCGAAAAUUGGUUAGAAAGCAGCCCCAAUGUUGGGAUUCGGGCAGACGAUAAUCAAGGCGACAUCGAAAAGUUUCUUCAUAGCAAAAUGAACAGGCUCGCAAGGAUCAACACAUCAUUGAGGGACCUCAAAGCCGAAAUCAUCGCGAAGUUGCUUGAACGUUGUCAGGGAAUGUUCCAGUGGGCAGAUAUGCAAAUCCAUCAAAUUGCAAAGUACAAGUCCCCCGCUGACGUUUUUGACCGCCUCGAGCACCUCCCAGAGGAUCUUGAGAAGACAUAUGAUGAGGUCUGGCGACAGAUUGAAAGCCAAGGAAAAUACGAUCAGAUUUUUAUCAAGCGUGCUCUUCGCUGGGUAAUGUCUGCAUCCAAACCUCUGAGCAGCGUUGAACUUCUAGCUGCGAUUCGUGUCGGACCGGAGGGAGAUCUGCUGCGCAAGCUUGAUACAGUGGAUGAGCAAGGAUUGCUCUCUAUCUGUAACAAUUUUCUUGUCGUGGACCCUCAGCUAGGGGUAUGGCGAUUCCCACAUCUGUCGGUUCGGGAAUACCUGGAGGGCAAAGAAGACUGGUCCACUGCGCACGCCCAUUAUCACGCAGCCAGUGUUUGUUUGUCUUACAUGGUCAAUAUGUAUGAGCAUGAUGACUCGGAAUUCGACGCGAAGCUGGAGGCCGACUUGAAGGUCGAGUCAAAGGCGCCAGGUAACACUGACAGUCCUCUGAAGCCAGUGGAAUCAGAUGAUGGCUUCCAUUCUCUUCACCCGUUCCAUAUUUACAUGAGACACUGUUGGCCUCACCAUGUAAACGGAGCAAAGGACGUCGAGAUGGCCAAGUUGGGUUCUCUGCUGAAAAAAUUCCUCGGGUCACCCAAUCAAAGCAGCGUGCAAUACCGGAGAUGGUAUCCAAAGGCUCGCAACGAUCUUCAGCUCCAUUCCACACGCAGGGCCCCUAGCUCUAAGCAUUACUUGUCAUGGGAUGUAAUCCAUGCGCUCGAACCCACGGAUGCCGCUAUCUUCGCCAUGUGUUGUUUCUCGCUGGAUUCUAUUGUGGGGGAUUGGUGGGAAAAUGAGGCAAUUGAUAUCUCCCGCGAGAACAACCGCAACCGGAACCUUCUCGAGAUAGCUGCCACGACGGGUUCCUUGUCUCUAUGCGAGAAGUUCGUUCAAAUGCUGGUGGACCAAGGUACCGAUAACAACACCCGAAGUGAAUUCAUCAAUAGGGCGCUUCUCUCGGCAUCAUUUGGCGGGCACGAAAAGGUGUUGCAGAUGUUGCUGGACCGAACUGCUGAGCUCAACACUGAAGGUCAAGUGCAUAAUGUACUUGGCAAUGCGCUCCAAAGGGCGGCAUCCUGUGGGCAUGUAGGCGCUGUGCAGAUGCUGCUAGAUCGAGGUGUCGAUGUUAAUGCCGGAAAUUCUAAAGAAGGUAACGCACUCAGGUCGGCAGCCAUGAUAGGCAAUGAAAAGGUGGUACAGAUGCUGCUGGAUCGAGGUGUCCAUGAUAACCACCCUCCUGGGUACUUGUCAAGUGCACUCGAAGCCGCCAUGAUGAGUAGCAAUCCAAAGGUGGUGCAGUUGUUGGAUGAUCGGGGGUUCGCCGAUUAG